UAGAGCGUUACUAGAGGUCAGCCAUAUUUGUAUUUCUUCACGACGAAGAGUUGGAAAAAUGUCAGAGGGAAAUGUAUAAUGAAUUCAAUGUCUGAGUUGAGUUAUCAGGCUAUCCGCACGGCUAACCAGGCCAGGGAAGCGGAUGAACUGAGGACUGACACAAGGAAGAAAAACUUACUAAUCCUGGUAUUAAAUUAUUUACAUGAAGAAGGAUAUGUGGACUCUGCACAGUCUUUGGCUAAGGAAACCAACAUUGACUUAAGUAAAUAUGAAGUCUGUGACAACAUUGACCUGGAGACCAUCCUCAUGGAAUACGAGUCUUACUAUUAUGUCAAGUUCUCCAAGUAUCCUAAAAUAACCAAGAAGUUAGGGCCACAAAGUGCUGGGGACAGAAGAGGGGGCUCUCACAAGGUCGUGUCAAGGACAAACAGUUUGACACGGCGAGUGAGAUCAGGUUCUCAGUCUGCUCAUCAACACAGCGGCAAAAACUCAGCUUCCACAACUCCAUCUCUACCCAGAAUUCCACAGAAUGGAAGAGCCAGUCCCCCUCCCCCAGUGUCCGGUGGAAGGCCAAAGUCAGGGGUACAGCCAGGAGGGAGGCAACCUCGGGCGACACAGUCAUCUACCAGACGGCCAAACGGAAUGCCUGACAGGAACGAGAAAAUGUUGUGCCGAGUGGUUGUGUCUGAUAAUGAAAUCAAGACUUAUAGAGAAAUGAUGAAAAUGAAUGGUGUGACAAAUGGAAGUGACCCAGGCCUUGCCCUACAAGGUUUGACUGUCCAGGGCAGCAAUAAUAACCCUGACAACAGACCGGUGGAGGAUCCAGCACAAAAGAGGGGCAGGCCAGGGCAGAUAAUAGACAUCAGAUCUAUGAUUAACGAAGCCACAAAACUGAAUGCAGAGGAAGGGAUAGAUGGUCAGGACCGUCUUCUGAAGCCUCUGGGAGGAUAUGUUGGUUAUAAUAGUGAAUGGAGGGAGUUAGCUCAAGUGAUUAGUAGAGACAUUUAUUCAGAAAAUCCCAAUGUAAAGUGGGAUGAUAUCAUUGGUGUAGAAGAAGCUAAGCGAUUGGCUAAGGAGGCUGUAGUUUAUCCAAUUAAAUAUCCCCAGUUAUUUAAAGGUAUUCUCUCCCCCUGGAAGGGACUGCUGUUAUAUGGUCCUCCUGGUACAGGAAAGACCCUGCUUGCCAAAGCAAUAGCCACAGAGUGUAAUACAACAUUCUUCAAUAUAUCAGCCUCCAGUAUAGUCAGUAAGUGGAGGGGCGACUCCGAAAAACUAGUCAGGGUGCUAUUUGAAAUGGCUAGAUUCUAUGCUCCAUCUACAAUCUUCUUGGAUGAGCUAGAGGCCAUCAUGAGUCAAAGGGGGUCACAGGGAGGCAGCGGGGAGCAUGAAGGGAGUAGGAGAAUGAAAACUGAAUUAUUGGUGCAGAUGGAUGGCUUAGCCAAAACGGAUGAUUUAGUCUUUCUUUUAGCAGCUUCUAAUUUACCCUGGGAGUUGGAUCAAGCCAUGCUUCGUCGGUUGGAGAAGAGAAUUAUUGUUGACCUCCCAACAUAUGAAGCAAGGAAAGCCAUGUUUAAACAUCAUCUCCCUACCGUAGUUGUGCCAAAGGAAGGUGGUUUGGAAUUACUGAGCAGUCUGGAUUAUGAUCUCCUAGCAACAAAGACGGAAGGGUAUUCAGGCUCAGAUUUAAGAUUAGUUUCUAAAGAGGCAGCCAUGAGACCGGUCAGAAAAAUUUUUGAUGCCCUGGAAAAAAAUGAUCAUGGUGACCUACACAUUCGACUAGACACAAUUACAACAUCUGAUGUGAUGAGAGCCAUUGAUAGAACCAAACCCUCAGCAGGCAAGAUGAAGGAACGGUAUGCAGCUUGGCAAAGAGAGUACGAAUCAGUAUAGCGAAAGUCCUGUGUGCUUGUGAAUGUGUGCCUGUGUCCGCGGCUUCAGAUAGCAAUGAUUGACUGAUAGAAUGACUGAGGUUUACUGAUAGAGAGAAUGUAUAAAGCAUCACUGGAGAUGGGUAUCCUUCCUUCUAGAGAUUGCUAAGCAAUCGCAUAUCAAAUGGUGCAAAAUGACUAUAGAAAAUCUCAGAAUAAACAGUCUGUGAUAACAGUGACACUGAGUCUAUUUUUGUAUAAAGCACCUUUGUUUUUAUUCUCCACUUGCAUAAUUAAGUACUGCAGAACUGUCAUUGACUUGAUAUACACUCAUAUGACUGGUAUUUUUAUUUAUGGUGAUGUUCAUCUCUUCUGUACUUUCUAGUCAUAUUUAGAUGUUUUCAUACAGCAUCUAGAAAUAUAGCAAUUAUUGUACUAAAAAGCCAGUUAUGCAUUGAAAACAUAGAAAGUCUUUUAAAUAUGUGAUUCUCUUUACAUAUACAAAUUUGACAGUUAAACUAAUAUGGUUGAUAAAUUGGCAUUUGUUUCUGUUUGCAAACAUAUGUAUUUUCUCUAUAGUUAAUUUGAUGACAAAUUUUCAAAUUUUUAAUCCCCUGUUGAAAGGGAAAUUUAAGUUAAUGAAGAUGCAGUUUGGCAUCAACAACAAUGCAUGAACAGGACAUUGUUUACAGAAAAGGUUUUUAUGUGUUAUAGAAUCAUGGUUGCUCAGCAAGUUCACCUAUUCAUCCUCAGGUGUUAUGCAUGAUCAUUUAAGGUCUUCAUGAUAAAUAUAUAUGGAAUUUUUAAUAACUUAUAUAUAUAACUUUUCUUGAUAUGUUGAUAUAUUUAAUUUACAUGGUCAAAAUAUGUAAAAUUACAGAUGUCAUAAGCAUAAAAUUGUCAUUCUUUACAUUAACAAUUCCCUGCACAUGUACUUACAUCAAAGAUGUUCCUAUGUAAUAGUUAAACACUGGCAGAAAAUAAUCUGUGUAGACUUCCAAUACUGAAGAUUUUUUAAAGUUCAAUCCGAUUUGCAUCUCUGUUGACAAUUUUUUUUAGUAUAUGAAUAUCAUGAGUUGACAUGUACUUCUCUGUUUAUCCUCUAUGUAAUUGAUAGAUUGAAUAAGACAUACACCUACCCGUAUAUUUAUGUCUGCAGGAAUUUCAACUGUUCAGUGUCGUAUACAAGCACCCAGUGCUUCAUAUUCCACAUUUAUUAUGGAGUCCUGUGUUUGUAAUAAUGAAUUAUGUUUUGAUGUGUUGGUAUUGUGUUCCAAUACUUAUACCAGUUGAUUAGUACACACCACUAGUGUUUAUCAGUAUUAUAGUAGUGGGGCUUGCCUUUAGUUAAGUAUACAUGUUUUUUUUCCUAUUGUGGUUGUUGGGUACAUGUAUAUAUAAUUGUAGUAUCUAUAAUGUGCACUAUACCUGUGUGUGGCCUUAUUGUUUGCUGAUUAUAAUUUAUAGUUUCAUUAUUUAUAGGCUAUAUACUGUUACAUAUCUGUGAAGAAAAUGAUAUGACAUCCGUCCAGUUAUAUUUUUUUUUUUAUAGUUUAUACAUGCUGUUGAAUCUAAUGUGUUUUAUGGUAAGGUACAACUAUAGAUAUAACUAGAAGAAGGAUCUCAUUGAUCAGAUACGUUUUUAGGCAGAUUUUUAGUGCAAUGUUGCUGCUGUAACUUAACCAGUACAUGUCGUGGUUCCUGAUGUAUAAUUUCAAAAUAUCUACACAUAAAUGUUAUACAGAAUCUAUUAAUCAAUUCUGCAAAGAAAUGUUUCCAUUGCACUGUCACAGGUUUGAUGUAUUGUUCACCAGUCUGAUAGCUGCUUCACUUUUUAUCUGCACAUAGUUCUUUAAACACAAAACAAAAGCAAAAAAAAAAAAAAACAACAGAUGAGGCAUUAUAAUUUAUUGCAUAUCAGAAGUGCUCAUGUUGAGGUGACUUGUUAACUACACACAGUGUUAUAGUUUAUGUAUGUAUGUGUCUGUAUUGUGUGUGUAAGAGAGAUUGAUGUUGGUACAAACAUUUGAGGAAUAUCUCUAUACAAUAAAAAAUUUUU